CAAAUAUUCCCUUUAUUAAAGCAAUUUUCCUUACAAUUAUCUUUUUCGUUAUAUAUUUUGUGUUUUUCUGCUCUUUCCAAAUUUUUUUUCUUCGUUUUCCUAGUUUAUACUUAUUAAAAGUCUACUUGACAAAAAGUCCGUUAUUGAUUUCAAUUUGGGUUGAAUCCAAGCUAUUACUAUGUCAUAUGCAUUCACUCGGGGUGUCGACUUGAACACCAAGCUGCUUGAAAAUACGGAUCAAGAUGGGUCUUCCCAUUUAGAAAAAGCUUUGGAUCUGAAAAACGAGUCAAUGAACCCUUUAUCAAGGGACCUAAUCGAUGAUCCAAGUACAGAACCACACAAGGCACAACCUAAACAAGUAAAAUCUGAAGCAAAACCCUUGAGUGCUACUACGUCGGACUAUGAUCAAAAACCACCCACAAGCGAAGUCUUGGAAGAAGAAAGUUGCUCGCAGGCAAGUAUACCACCUCAGCAAGUUAUAGAUGAAACGAUACUACAAAAGCUUUUGAAGAAUGACUUGACUAGAUUGAAAUUGGAACAAGAUUUACCAAAUAGUAACAUAGAGACUAUAGUACAAUUCGUACAUGAUAAUUUCCACAGAUUAGACUGGACAAUACCUGAAUUAUACAGGGUAGCUGACUUUUGGUGUGAACAAAAUACAAAUAUUCAAAACAUUGAAAGGGAAUUACCGUUGAGGGACCACCAACAAAUAAAAAAUGCCUUGGUUUCUUUAGGUAGCUUAUUCGAAGGUGAGCCAAAAUCUUAUUUUUCCCCAAAGCAAAUUGCAGAAUAUUUCACUAUAUUUGAAAAUCAACUCUUCACUCGUAAGAGUCUUGAAAAUGUAUACCCAAACACAUCUUUGGAAGACAUUCAGGAAAGAAUCCUGAAAUUUCCAAGACACAAAAUAGCUGAAUGGUCUAAACAAGAGAUCAAAGUUCUUUUAACUUUACUGCAUCAAAAUCUGCCAAUUGAUGAUAUCCUUUCUGCUUUGAUCUUCCGAUCGAAAGAUGAGUGUCAAUCUAUGCUUGAAAGCCUCCAGCCUUGGGACACUAACUUACCACUUGGUGCUCAUUUACUUAAUGAAAUAAUUUAUCUACUGGACCAAUCAUUAUCUUCUCAGGAGAUUCUUCAUUUUUUAGAAAACGAAAUCACCGAUUCUAAAUUGAAAAAUACAAUAAUGUCCGUCCAGAGACACCUCGGGCCAUGGAGCCCAGAGGAAGAUGAAAAGUUUUUGGACCAGAUAAUAGAUGAAUACCCUCAAAGACUAACUCAUACAGGCAAGAGUAAGAAAAGGUCUACACUCCAAUGUUUCAUUAGAUAUUGGAAAUUGAUUGUAAAACCCUCGAGGCUAGCAAAAAGGCCCAUGCAAGAAAAAGUUCGUGAAAUGAAAAUUGAACAAUUCAAGCGAGAACCCUUCUCAAUGCCCAAUGAUUUUGAAUCACAAUAUCUUAAUACUUUGAGCUUUUGCUCUUCAUUUUGCUUGACAUUAGAUUUUUGCGAGAUAUUUUUUCCUUCAGUUGAACAAUCUACUCUAAAAACAGAUAUCAAAUUAAAUAAUUUGAGAGUGGACAUUGACUUUCUUCCAGAAGAGAUAAUCUUUUUCGAAAACGCCAUUAAGGACAAUCUAUCAAAUGAAUUUGUUUGCAAUCAACUUUUUUAUCAUAACAGGGACUUAGUGAUUGAGAAACUAAACCAUACAAAAGCAAGAAUAGAGCGUAAAACUUCAUUCAAGAAUCCUUUGUCUCAAUUAAUUUAUGAAGCUAAAUGGAUCUCUGCAACUGACACCGGCUCUCGUAGACGUACUCGAGAUAAAAGUGCUUCUUAUGAACUCCGGAAGUUAGAAGAAUUAGAGUUAAAAGCAAAAGAAGAACCAACCACGAAGAAACAAAAAGUUUUUACCGAAGAAGAAAAUAAAAUAAGAGAAGAGAAAGCAUUAGCCAGGAGAAAACAAAAGGCCCAAAGGGAGGCUGAACUUCUUGAGAAAAGGAGACUUCAAAAGGAGAAGAGACUCUUACAAUUGAAUGAUCCGAAUUAUAAACCAAAGCCAAAAAUCAAAUCAAAACUUCAUCUAGAUCAAAUACUUGAAGACGCAGCUUAUUUUCAAAGUGUGACAGGUAACGGGAAGCUAAUCAAAGAUGGUGACAAAAGACAGAGGCGACAAGCAACACAUUACAUUCCUGAGUUCAAAAACAGAACAGAAAUAAAGCGUGUCCAAAAACGUUUGGCUGCCCAAAGGGAUCGUGUCGAUAAAUCUAAAAAAUCGAAAGUCACUAAAAAAAGACCCUAUAAAUCUAGAAGAACAUUGAAAUCGGAAACCCCGACGUCCAAUGAAAACUCAGAGGAGGAGGAAGAAGAAGAUUUCAAAGAAACGUUGGAUCAAGCUUUGAAUGAUUCAUCGAUUGAAGAUGAAGACGAUGCCGACGAAGUAAGCCCCUACGACCCAACUGAUAUUCUUCAUGAUUCUCAAGUUCCAUUCAAUGGUAGAAGGUUUUUUGUUGAUCAAGUCUAUAACACCAAAUCCUAUCUUCCCAGAUUGUCAUUUGAAAUGAACGAGUCUGGUCUGACUGACUCUUUUGCGGAUCUGGGAGCUGCAAUACCACUAACCAAUGAUGUCGGUGAAAAAAUCAUUGAAACCCACAUCAAGAAUUACAGAAAUUAUCCAGGAUCUUUUCCUCCAGCCAUUUUAGACGGAAGUGGAAGUACUAAAGUCAAUAAAGAUAACAGAGUGAGAAUAAGAUUUCUUCUUUAUCCUCAAUACUCAGAGCUGUUUAUUCUUGCAGAACCGAAAAGUAAUGAGCUUGACCCUAUAUUCGAAUUGCAGAAAAUUUUUCAAAUUCAUUACGCCUUAUAUUUUUCGUAUUCUGAACCAAUAAGAGAUAUAAUCUAUAAUGAUUUCUGUAUUGCCAUUGAAACUGCUGUCGAGGAAGAUAAUUUCAGUAAAUUUAUGUUUAUCAUUGAUUCGUGGAACACUUUAAUGUUGGAAUUAUGUCCCACAGAAAGCAAGUGUGACAAAAGUAUAGACAUAAAUGCAAGCCUAAGAAAGUAUAUUAAGGGACCUCGUGAAACUUCAAAGGAAAAUAUCCAACUAGAAACAUUCAUCAAAGAAGUCAUGGCAGAAAGAAGCAUUAACAGCUCAGAUGAUGUCAAACAGGAAGAACUGAACCCUUACAGACGUCCCUCAGUUCUCACUCCUCCAACAGAAGACGAAAGAGAUCAUGAAAAUAUCACAUUUGACAGUGAGUAUGGCCCAAAGAAUCCCUCAAAAAUGAAUCAAAUAGAUGACAAGAACUUGAAAGAACCAGAGCUCGCUUCAACUCAAGAAAAAAUGAAUUCAGUAAAUGCUAAUAAAAAGGAACCCAUUUGCAAAAAGUCGGACGAUAAAAUGAAAAAGCUAGAAAUGCAAGAUUCUGAUAUACGAAACCUAUCACCAGUUCUUACUAGUGAUGACAAUUUGGAUAGCAAUUGGGAAGGCUCUGAACAAACUUUGAAGAGCUCUCCUUUUGCGGUUAAGUUUUUUGAGAAUCUUAAAUCAAUGACAAGCAUUUCAAGAUUUUGCUUGCAGCAGUUACUUUUAAGAGCUUAUACCAGAAUUGUUUCUCCUGAUUCCCGAAAGCUUAGAUCCUACAAGGCAUUUACGGCUGAGGUGUAUGGUGAACUUCUUCCUUCAUUUGUCAGUGAGGUCUUAACUAAAGUCAACCUUCUUCCGUCUCAAAAGUUUUAUGACUUGGGUUCUGGAGUGGGAAAUACAACAUUUCAAGCAGCCCUUGAAUUCGGUGCUAAGUUUAGCGGAGGUUGUGAACUAAUGCCUCAUGCCUCCAUAUUAACAGAAAGACAACAUAAUUUUUUGAAUAAGCAAAUGGCAGUACUCGGAUUAAAAAAGUUACCAUUAGAAUUCUCUUUACUGCAAAGUUUUGUUGACAAUAAGAAAGUUCGAGAACAAGCCACUGAUUGCGACAUACUUAUUGUUAAUAACUAUUUAUUCGACUUUCCAUUAAACGUUGAAGUAGGUAAGCUACUUUACGGCUUAAAACCAGGUACAAAAAUUAUCUCUUUGAGAAAUUUUAUUCCUCCAAGAUAUAAGGCAAGUUUGGAUAGAACGGUUUUUGACUAUUUAAGUGUUGAAAAGCAUGAAAUGAGUGAUUUUUUAUCUGUCAGUUGGACAGCUAACAAGGUUCCUUAUUACAUAUCGACCGUGGAAGAUCAUGUACGUCCUGAAUUUUUAUAA